UUUCAAAUUCACGUUUGUCCUGAAAGAAAAAAGGAAACUUUAUUUGCGGGCUAUAGCCUCCUGGACAUCAGUUUGUCCGCUACUUCUCGUCUCCUCCCCUGCUCCGCCGCAUCGAUCCGGCAUCCUCCGCCUACAUCAAGCGGCGCUCCGAUGUUUCUGGUUUGAGGAAACAUUUUUCCUGAAAUCUAGGGACUUCAAGCGGAGCAAGGGAGAAAUCAGGAGGUGAAUAAUUCUGCUUUGGACCUACCUGCCAACUACUACCAAACGAAUCCCGUAUAUUAAGGGGGAGACAGGUACAGAGAAAUAGAUAGAAAGAGGAUAUGGAGUCGUCCUCGGAGCUGGUGAGAUCGAUUGAGUCGGCGUUGGGAGUGUCGAUAGGGAAUGAGACAGUGGCGGUGUUGCUGACGACGUCGUUAGCCGUCGUCAUUGGGUUGCUCGUAUUUGUGUGGAAGAGAUCCGGCGAUCGGAGCAAGGAGGUGAAAACUGCGGUCGUCCACAAGGCCGUGGAGGCCGAGGCUGAGGAGGAGGACGUCGUUGACCCUGGCAAAGUUAAGGUCACAGUGUUUUUUGGUACACAGACCGGAACAGCUGAGGGGUUUGCUAAGGCUUUGGCUGAGGAGAUCAGGGUAAGGUAUGAGAAGAAGGCAGUUGUGAAAGUUGUUGACUUGGAUGAUUAUGCUGCAGACGAUGAUAAAUAUGAAGAGAAAUUGAAGAAAGAGACAUUAACAUUUUUUAUGGUUGCAACAUAUGGGGAUGGAGAGCCAACUGAUAAUGCUGCAAGGUUUUACAAAUGGUUUACCGAGGGAGAAGAACGGGGUCCUUGGCUUCAACAACUCACUUAUGGCAUAUUUGGUCUAGGAAACCGCCAAUAUGAGCAUUUUAAUAAGAUUGGCAAGGUCUUAGAUGAAAAGCUAAGUGAACAAGGUGCAAAGCGCAUUGUUCCACUUGGCCUUGGUGAUGAUGAUCAGAGCAUUGAAGAUGACUUUGCUGCCUGGCGAGAACUAUUAUGGCCGGACUUGGACAAAAUACUUAAGGACGAGGAUGAUGUAAAUUCUGCAUCUACACCGUACACUGCUACAGUUCUUGAAUAUCGUGUGGUGGUUCAUGAUCCUUCCACUAGAACUCACGAGGAUAAGCAUACCAGUAUGGCUAAUGGAAACACUGUCUAUGAUGUGCAUCAUCCGUGCAAAGUUAACGUUGCUGUUCAAAGAGAGCUUCAUACGCCUGAGUCGGAUCGUUCAUGCAUACACUUAGAAUUUGAUAUUUCUGGCACUGGCAUAGUAUACGAAACAGGAGACCACGUGGGUGUUUAUGCCGAAAAUUAUGAAGACACUGUUGAGGAAGCAGCAAAGCUGUUGGGUCAACCUCUAGAUUUACUUUUUUCUAUCCAUGCUGACAAAGAAGAUGGUGCGCCACUUGGAGGGUCCUUGCCGCCACCUUUCCCUGGUCCUUGCACCCUUAGAGAAGCACUAGCACGAUAUGCAGAUCUGUUGAAUCCUCCUAGAAAGGCUACAUUGGUUGCAUUAGCUAGUCAUGCUGCUGAACCUAAUGAAGCAGAAAGGCUUAGAUUUUUGGCAUCGCCUCAGGGCAAGGAUGAAUAUUCACAAUGGGUUGUUGCUAGUCAAAGAAGUCUCCUUGAGGUUAUGGCAGAGUUUCCUUCAGCAAGACCCCCCCUUGGUGUAUUUUUUGCUGCAGUUUCCCCUCGCUUACAGCCUCGCUAUUAUUCUAUCUCUUCUUCCCCCAAAUUCGCUCCACAUAGAGUCCAUGUAACAUGUGCUUUAGUUCAUGGUCCAACUCCUACUGGCCGGAUUCACAAAGGAGUAUGUUCAACAUGGAUGAAGAACGCGACUCCUUUGGAAAAACACAAUGACUGCAGUUCAGCUCCCAUUUACAUUCGGUCAUCAAAUUUCAAAUUACCAGCUGAUCCUUCAAUCCCAAUUGUCAUGGUGGGACCCGGUACAGGUUUGGCGCCAUUUAGAGGAUUUCUCCAGGAAAGAGCUGCCCUAAAGGAAAAUGGUGCUCAACUUGGUCAGGCUCUGCUGUUUUUUGGUUGUAGAAAUAGAAGAAUGGAUUUCAUUUAUGAGGAGGAACUCAAACAUUUUGAAGCGCAAGGCACAAUCUCAGAGCUAAUUGUUGCAUUUUCUAGGGAAGGGCCACAGAAAGAAUAUGUUCAACACAAGAUCAGUGAACGAGCAUCCCAAGUAUGGAGUUUGAUCUCCAAUGGGGGAUAUCUAUAUGUAUGCGGGGAUGCCAAAGGAAUGGCUAGAGAUGUUCAUCGCACACUACAUACCAUUGUCCAGGAGCAGGAAAACGUAGGCUCGUCUGAAGCAGAGGCCACGGUGAAGAAUCUCCAAAUGAACGGGAGAUAUCUCAGGGAUGUCUGGUGAAGUCUUCAAUUCUUUACAAUUGCUCCAAGACCUUGUUGGUGUCGGCAUGAAUUGGACAUUCGAUCAUCUAUUUCCCUUUUGGCUACCAAGGUUCAUCAACCGUCCAGAACCGAGACACAAAGCCAGUGUCUUUAUACCUUUUAUCUCCUCUUCUUUUUUCUUCUAUUAGAACUGGAAAUUGUUUCUCAACCCUCUUUUGAUUUUGAUUUUUUAAAAGUGUAGAAUGAAUUCUUAUACGAUAUGUUACGGCAUUAGUUAUCGAGAUGUUUUUACUUAUUACAACACAGACAGAUGAACUUUAUAUACCAAACGCUGCUGUAAAAAAGCUGUAUAAAUAAAGGGGAAGGGAGAACAAAUGCUUCUGCCUCCUCCCUGCUUGUUGACCAUAAUUUUAUUAUUCCUGGGGAUAUAUGAAAUUACU